AGACAUUGCAAGGUCAUGGAGCAAUGACAAGUAGCCUAAUCGAACGUCCCUCUGCUUUCAAGUAUAUCCAGUGUGUUCUCAAAAUUACAAAAUUACAAAAGUACGCCCAUAGGGUACGCGGAACCUGAUUUGGAGAUGACAGAAAAGAGCACCGGUCCAGCGGCAACUUAGGAGCUGCAUGCAAGAAAAAGUGCAGGAAACUGGUCCUAUAAUGUCAGAUCUGACUCAUGAGCAACUUGCUCUCAUAGAGCAGAGACGCCAGGCUGCCCUGCAGAGGUUAGCAGCCAGCAAUGUUUCUGUACCUAUUGGGGAAAGCUGGCGAAAAGAGCUUGGUGCAGAAUUUUCUAAAUCAUACUUCACAAAGUUGGCAUCGUUCAUUGCGCUGGAGCGAAAACGUUUCAUGGUGUAUCCAGUCCCAGAACAAGUCUUCUCUUGGACCCAUUUGUGUGCCAUUGAAAAGGUAAAGGUUGUUAUCCUUGGUCAAGACCCAUACCACCGCCCAGGCCAGGCCCAUGGUCUAUGCUUCAGUGUGGAGAAGCCUUGUCCACCUCCCCCUAGUCUAGAGAAUAUCUAUGCAGAACUUGCUGCUGAUAUAAAGGACUUCAAGCACCCUGGACAUGGUGAUCUGACUGGAUGGGCUAAACAAGGCGUUUUGCUCCUAAAUGCCGUGCUGACAGUGCGGGCUCAUGAGCCCAGCUCCCACGCUGGGCAGGGCUGGGAGACCUUCACCGAUGCAGUGGUGCAUUGGCUCAGCAGGAGUCUCAGAGGCCUGGUGUUCCUGCUGUGGGGUGCCUAUGCCCAGAGGAAAGGCUCCAUCAUAGACAGGAGAUACCAUCAUGUCCUCCAGACGUCCCACCCAUCGCCAUACUCGGCUGAUCGUGGCUUCUUUGGAUGCAGACACUUCUCCAAGACAAAUGACCUACUCAGAAGGUCAGGGACGACCCUCGUGGACUGGAACGCUAUCUGAGACCCUGCUCAAUUAAGGAGUACCACUAUUUCAUAAAACUUUUAUAUUUCAGCAUUUUUAAUACAGACCUGAUUAUAGCAUAAUGUAAGUUUGUUUGGCAUUU